GACAUUUUAUAAUUUUCGUGAUUAAAAUGUAACAAGUUGUCAAUUUUGUUUGUGUAUUUUUGUUUAUAAUUAGGGUCAUUAUUAUUGUAUUAUUAUGAACAAAAAAAAAUCAUAAUGCCAGGAACUACAAGAAGAAUUAAUCGAAAUAACGCCCGGACAUCACCUAUUUCAUCUCCAAUAUUGUCAAGUUUUUCGAAUGACUCUUGUGGACAAAGAUACGCUCCUCUUGGAGCUUCUGUUCCAACUGUUCCUGCUCUAGAAUCACCCGCACCUCCAAAACAUUUUCCAUUUCCCAAUACACCGAUUGACAAUGAUCUUUUUUUCGAGAGUUUAAUGUGGUUUUUUGCAAUUGCAACAACUGCACUCCAAUAUUUGCAUCUUUAUAGAUCUGUAUGGUGGUUACCACAUUCGUAUACGAGACAGGCGGUGAACUUCUAUCUGAUUGAUCCAUAUUUGGUUAUUUUUAUCUCUUUGGCAUUGUCGAGAAGACUUAUUUAUAUGAUUGGAUGUUUAAUGUUAAAUAAACUGGUGACAGAGGCGCAACAAGAGUAUGUUCAUUGUUAUUUUAGGUUUUUGUUAUUUUCCGUAAUGUGUACAAUUUUAGCAGUGUGUAUGUAUCUUGUUAUGCAGAACCAUCAUCUGGAAAAAAUUUUAUAUUUAUGUUACCCAUUUUUUAUAUAUCUAAUAUUGUUUGGUUUCAAUAUUCACCCAUUCUUUGAAGUGGUUAAAUGGAAUUCAACAAGGCCACCUCUUCAUGCAUGUAGUUCUAAUGCCGUAGAUAUAAGAAAAGAAGUAGAAAAUCUUAUUGCCAAUUUCAAUUGUAGAAUGAAAGAGAUUUUAUUCAGUGCUGUUUGUAAUGCCUACUAUGGUGGUUUUAUUCCUUGCUGUUUUGCCCAGUCAUCUUUGCACUAUGACAUUUUUUGGGCAGCUCAACACAUCCUAUUUAUUUUCAUGAGUGGAUUCAUAUCCUUAUCCAUUCACAUUCUAUCACUUCGUUAUUGCGACAUCCUCCAUAGAUCCGCCUUACAUUUAGGCACUUGGGAGAAAUUAGAAACUGGCAGAACAAUGCUACUUGUAAAUAACAUUUGGAAAGAAGAUAUAAUGUGGCCAUACGGAGCUUUAGUGAAAUUUGGUAAAGAUAUUUGGAGGGCUCAAGGAGAUUGUAAUAGCAGUCAACCUGGAAAUGUUGCUUUAAGAAGAUUUUAUCAUGUUUUCAAAAAUCCCACAACCACUUUAGGAUUGAAACUUCUUCUACUGUUAUUAACUGUAUUUUGUCAAUUAGUAUUGUUAAUUAGAAGUAGAUUAUGGUAUAACAUAAUAUCUCUAACUUUUAUAUUGUUUUUCAAUUAUUAUAUUCUUUAUAAAUUGUUCAGAGAUUAUCUAGUUAGCCAUAAAAUUUAUUCAGAGGAAAGAGAUUUACAUAAAAAAAUUAGUAUGAGAUGAGAUCUAGCGUUCGAAUGAUUUUGUACUUAAAAUAAAUAUUGUGAUGUUAUA